UAAACCGGAAGUGCAUCACCUCGGGAGGAAAACACAUUCACGUGUUCCUAAACUUGAUUGAAAACCACGCAAGGAGGUUAAAUUCGGAGUGUUUCUGCAGUCCCGGUGGCGGCAUGGCGGACCCGAGCGUCAUAAAGCUUCCCGCCUCCAAGGAGCGACGUCCGGCCGCGAAGAGGAGCCGGCCGGCCGAGCCCCGGGACCCGGAGCCGGAGCCGGACCCCGAGCUGGAGGAGCGGCUGCGGCGGAGGAACGUGAAGCGGCUGGCGGAGCUGCGGGAGGCGGACAGCUCGGUGAAGGUCCUGGAGGAGCUGCUGUUCGGAGGAGAGGAGGAGCUGCUGGAGAGGCUGAAGGAGGAGGACAGUGAGGUCCAGACCGGGUCUCUGCUGCUGGAGGACGAUGAUGAGGAGCAGCAGGAGGAUGAAGAGGAGGUGGAGGAGGAGGAGCAGGCGCCCAGAGGACCGGCCUGGGUGGACGAGGAUGACGAGCUGGACGAAGAAGUGGACAUGACGCACCGGUACCGGAGGAACCUGAUGAAGGGAGACGCCGAGGCCGUCAUGUCGAAACUCAAACUGCAGGAGAGGAUGAAGGAGCAGUUCCAGAAGUCGAUGGGCGGAGCGCCAUCGUGGGCAGAGAGUGGCGCCCAGAAGAAGAAGAUGAUGGAAGAGGAGGAAGAGGAGGAGGACGAGGACGACUUGCUGAGGAGGACAGGGAACUUCGUGGCGUCUUCAGAGAGUCUGCCGAGCGGAACCAUCCGGAUCAAGAAGUGUCUCCAUGCGAACAAGGCGCGUCCCUCCGAGGACCGGCUGUCCACCGUCCAGUUCCACCCCUCCGCUCAGGUCGUCAUGACGGCCGGACUCGACCAGUCCAUCUCGCUCUUCCAGGUAGACGGCAGGACGAACCCCAAGAUCCAGAGCAUCGUGCUGGACAAGUUCCCCGUCCACAAGGCCCAGUUCAGCCUGGACGGCGAGACGGUGAUCGCCACCGGGCUGAGGAACAAGAUGUUCUACCUGUAUGACAUGAUGGAGGGCCGCGUGGUGCCCGUCAACGCCGUCAGAGGUCUGAAUGAGUCCAGAGUGAAGGAGUUCUCGGUGUGUCCCGACGGAGGCAAUCUGCUGCUGACCGGCACCAAUGGAUACCUGCACCUCCUCACACUCAAGACGAAGGAGGUCGUCGGCAGCAUGAAGAUCAAUGGGGAUGUCACCGGAGUCGCUUUCUCGCAGGACGGCGGCAAAGUCUUCGUUAACUCAGAGGAGGGCGAGGUGUACGUGUGGGACCUGCGGAGCAGCCGGUGUGUGAACCGCUUCACGGAUGACGGCUGUGUCCGGUCGACGUCCAUCGCUGCGUCUCCAAACGGACACUUCCUGGCCUGCGGGUCUCAGUCGGGGGUGGUCAACAUCUACUCCCAGGAGUCGUGUCUGAACUCGUCCAGCCCCAAACCGCUGAAGGCCGUCAUGAACCUGCUGACCGCCGCCACCUCGCUCGCCUUCAACCCCACCUCCGAGAUCCUCGCCAUGGCGUCGCGCGUCCAGGACGAGGCGCUGCGGCUGCUGCACGUCUCCAGUCUCACCGUCUUCUCCAACUUUCCCAUCGCCAAUCGGAAGUACGUCUACCGAGCGGGCUGCCUCGACUUCUCGCCACACAGCGGCUUCUUCUCAUUGGCCAACAACAAAGGACACGCCCCCCUGCUCAGGUUGCUGCAUUAUAACGACUUCUGAGGAGCCGAAACGUGAAGUGGAGCAACAAGUCUGAAAUUUUUAACAUUUUUUUUAUUGUGUGUGUGCGUGUGUGUGUGUGUGUGUGUGUGUGUAAAAACAAUCAGUGGAAUGAAAAUAAACUGAAAAAUGGGA